UGCAGGACGCCCAUAAAGCAAAGGAAAGCCCCCCAAAAAUAAAAAAAGAAGAAAAAAAAAGAAGAAGAAAAGAAGCCCUCAACGCGAUAAGCGAUCUGCAGCAGCGUCGGCAACAUCAAGCAGCCAAGACGCACCAGCGGCGGCAGCAACGCCGCCUUCACCAUCUAACCAGGAAAGGACAUUUUCUUGCUGCAGUAGAAGCAUCUUUGUCCAUUUUUUUGUACUUUAUAGAGAUACAGAUGGCUGGAAUUUUACCUGGGGAGUCAUCGUAUCAUGGCACAUCUGAUGGUGGGUCUUCAAGAAAUUCUCAAGACAGGCAAGAGGAAGUGGGUCGUUGGUAUCUGUCAAGAAAGGAAAUUGAAGAACAUUCCCCAUCAAGAAGGGAUGGGAUUGACCUGAAGAAAGAAACAUAUUUACGCAAGUCGUACUGCACAUUUUUGCAGGAUUUGGGCAUGAGGCUAAAAGUGCCCCAGGUAACCAUUGCCACAGCAAUAAUAUUUUGUCAUCGGUUUUUCCUUCGUCAAUCGCAUGCCAAGAAUGACAGAAGGACAAUUGCAACUGUGUGUAUGUUCCUCGCUGGGAAGGUAGAAGAAACCCCUCGUCCGCUCAAGGAUGUUAUUCUCGUUUCUUAUGAGAUAAUACACAAAAAAGAUCCUGCUGCAGCCCAGAGGAUCAAACAGAAGGAAGUAUAUGAACAACAAAAAGAGCUAAUUUUAUUGGGGGAACGGGUCGUACUUGCCACUUUGGGUUUUGACCUCAAUGUUCACCACCCAUAUAAGCCCCUUGUUGAAGCGAUAAAGAAAUUUAAGGUUGCUCAGAAUGCCCUAGCGCAAGUUGCGUGGAACUUUGUUAAUGACGGUCUGAGAACAUCGCUCUGCCUGCAAUUCAAGCCUCAUCACAUUGCAGCAGGUGCCAUUUUCCUUGCUGCCAAGUUCCUCAAAGUGAAGCUUCCAUCGGAUGGUGAGAAGGUCUGGUGGCAAGAAUUUGAUGUCACCCCUCGGCAAUUGGAGGAAGUUAGUAAUCAAAUGCUGGAACUCUAUGAGCAAAACAGGGUGCCCCCAUCGCAAGGGAGUGAAGUGGAAGGAAGUGUUGGCAGUGGGCUGAGUCAUCAGGCCCCGGCAAAACCUCCAUAUGUGAAUGAGGAACAGGCUUCGAAGCAAAUUUCAUCUCAUCUAGCGCCUGAUUAUUCGUUUGCUGACAAUCAUGGCAUGCCAGCAAGAAGCACUCAAUAUCGAAGUAAUGAAAAUGGGAGUGCAGAGAUGGAUAGUGUUAUUACUGAGCACAUGGUGGAUGUAGAAACUAAAGAUGAUCAACAUUUUGAUAAUUUUCCCUUAAAGGAGAACAUGAGAGAAGUACCGAAUAGAUCCAAGGUGGGAAUAGAGAGAGCUGGUAGUGAAGACCAAGAAAGGAACGGUGGGAGAAAUGAGACUGCUGAACCAGGAGAGUGGAGGGAUGAGGGUGUCUCACGAAAGUCUGGCAGUUUGGUUGGUCGAAGUGUGGACCUUCGGAAAGGCCCCCUUGGCCAGUCGCCUAAAGAAGCUAUAAAGAUUGAUAAGGUCAAGGUUAAGGCAGCACUUGAGAAAAGAAGGAAGUCUCGUGGGGAAAUAACAAGGAAGAAAGAUGUGAUGGAUGAGGAGGAUCUCAUUGAGAGGGAACUUGAAGAUGGGGUCGAAUUGGCAGCUGAGGAUGAGAAAAACAAACGUGAUAGAAGGCAAAGCUGGUCAAAAUCUGAGAAUUUAGAUCAUGGGAAGGGCCAUGAGGAUGUUGGAGUUGGAAACCACUUGAAGGGGCAAUUGUCGAGGGGAUUGGAAGGAGAGAAUGCAGAAGAGGGAGAGAUGUUGGAUGAUGCUUCACCUAUGUUGAGCAGCCGUAAGAGAAAAGCUGGCAGCCCACGGGACAGGCAAUUGGAGGGGAAGAAGCGGCAUGACUAUAUGCCGAGUUAUCACCAUGACUAUAUAGAUGAUGGACAUAGGAUGAGCCGGGUUGGUUAUGCAGAUAGGGACCACAGAAGGCAUUCCCAGGAGAAUCAUUUGUGAGCGAGUACAUGCUGGAUGCACUUGCAUGGUUAAUACAAGCUGAGAUGAUCCGAAUGUCAGAUCAAUAAAUUCAUGUUAAUAUUCGAUUGAUUUGGAUUAUGAGGGGAGCCAAUAUGACUGUUGAAGAUAUCGUGGGAUGAGGAUACUUCAAUGUUCAUGUAAUAAGGGCAGGGCUACUGAGAGAGUAAAGAGGCAAGUGCUAUUUAUUUAGUCAGCAUCAAGAAUUAAGCCCAGAUCCACUCCUCUCUGGCAAAUGCUUUGCGACUGUGGUAGAAAGAACGAGGAAUGUAGUGUUUUUUUUUUUUUUUUUGCCACAUUUUUUAAGAACAUAUUGUUUGUCACUUAACAUGACCGUAAUUAUAUCCACACUUGCAAUUUCAAUGUCAAGUUUCCUGGUUACCUUGUUACA